AUGACGGCGCAACUGUCGGAGUACGCGACGUCGGGCCCGAUGGCCGGCGACGAGAACGGCGGUGGCAGCAGCAGCAAUGAUAGCGGUGGUGUCGUCGUCGUCGGUGGCUGCAGUGGCGACGAAUCCGCGGCCGAACGACGGGUGGUGAUGAUCGCGUUCAAAAUGGAAAACGAUUGCGAUGAGGAGACGGCCGCCGGACCGUCGCGGGACGACUCGAACUCGGAAUCACACGCCAUGGUCGAGCUCGAGCUCGAGCAGCAGCAAUCUCCGCCGUCGUUUUCGUCGGACGGAAAUACAGCUGAUCAAAAGUGCAUGGACCUCAGUAAUUUGAAUGAAGAAGAUCAAACAUUCAUUGAAGAUUCGAAGUGCAUGGACUUGAGUCAUUUGAGUGACGAUGAUCCCAAUUUCAUUGAAGGUGGAAACGGUGGCGGAGGAGGAGGAGGCGGAGUGUCCGGCUCCAUGGACGGCCUCCAGCAGUAUGUGGCCGUCGGCGGAAACGGCGGCGGUACGCCCGUGUCCGCGGCCGCAGCCGCUGUCAACCCGUCGGCCACUGGUUCCGAGCUGCCCGACACUAAAGAGGGCAUCGAGGAACUGUGUCCCGUGUGCGGUGACAAGGUGUCCGGUUACCAUUACGGUCUGCUCACGUGCGAGUCAUGCAAAGGCUUUUUCAAGCGGACCGUGCAAAACAAAAAGGUGUACACGUGCGUGGCCGAGCGGUCGUGUCACAUCGACAAGACCCAAAGGAAGAGGUGUCCGUUCUGCCGAUUCCAGAAAUGUCUCGAAGUCGGCAUGAAACUCGAAGCCGUCCGAGCGGACAGGAUGCGAGGAGGCCGAAACAAAUUCGGACCCAUGUACAAACGGGACAGGGCGAGAAAGCUGCAGAUGAUGCGUCAGCGACAGAUGGCCGUGCAGACGUUGCGCGGUGGCGUAGUCACGUCGGCCGGGGCCAACAACCACCACCAAUUCGCCAUGUUGGCCGGCGACGCGGUCACGCUAGGCCCGUACCCUGGUUCCCCCAUCACGUCCUCGGUGUCCAGUUUGCACAUCAAACAGGAAAUUCAGAUUCCCCAGGUGUCUUCGUUGACAUCCUCGCCCGACUCAUCUCCCAGCCCGAUCGCCGUGGCUCUGGGCCAGGCCGGACUCGGGUCUCUGACCACGGGCGCCGGUGGCACCACUUGUGUGGUCAACCAACACUCACAGAUGACGCUGCAAAUCGUGGCUUCGGCCAACGGCAACAACAAUAACAACAACACUAGCAGCAGCAACAACAACAACAAUAGCACGGGCGUGACCAACAUGACCGGUGCAAACGGUGGAGUCCCGCCGUCGCAACACCAGCAACAUCACCAGCAGGCACAACAGCAACAACAGCAACAGCAACAGCAGUCGGUAGUACCGGCCUCGACCUUGCUGUCCGUAAACAAAAUGUGGUCUCCACCGUCGUCGCCUAAGAACUACCUGUUGUCCGCGCACCAGCAACAACAGCAGCAACACCACGUGCCACAGCAGCAACAGCAGCAACAACAGCAACAGCAGAUGGUGGUGGACGGUGGCGGUAGCUCGUCGACCGCCGCGACUGCUAAUGGUGGCGGCAGCGGCGUCAAAGGCAUGUCGCCCAUGAUCCGGGACUUCGUGCAGGGACUGGACGACCGGGAGUGGCAGAGUUCACUGUUCGGCCUGUUGCAAAACCAGACGUACAACCAGUGCGAGGUCGAUCUCUUCGAACUCAUGUGCAAGGUGCUCGACCAGAAUCUAUUCUCGCAGGUGGACUGGGCGCGGAAUUCAGUGUUCUUCAAAGAUUUGAAGGUGGACGACCAGAUGAAACUGUUGCAGCACUCGUGGUCGGACAUGCUGGUGCUGGAUCACAUCCACCAGCACAUGCACAACAACCUGGCCAACGAGAUCAUGUUGCACAACGGGCAAAAGUUCGAUCUACUCGCUCUCGGUCUACUCGGGGUCACCACGAUGGCUGAUUGUUUUGCCCAGGUCAUCGAUAGGUUACAGGAGCUCAAGUUUGACGUUGGCGAUUACAUCUGCCUAAAGUUCCUGCUGCUGUUGAACCCCGACGUUAAAGGGAUUGGCAACAGUAAACACGUUCACGAAGGUCACGAGCAAGUGUUGAAGGCUCUCUUGGACUAUUGCAUCACAGCCAACUCUCAAGUACAGGACAAAUUUACCAAAUUGUUGUCCGUACUGCCAGAAAUCCAUCACAUAGCCACCAGGGGCGAGGAGAGUCUGUACUUGAAGCACUGUAGCGGCGGCGCUCCCACGCAGACGUUGCUCAUGGAGAUGCUGCACGCCAAACGAAAAUAA